GGACAUUCCCUUCGCGUCGCCGCCAGCCCAGGAGCCGUGGUCGGCGUCGAGGGACAACAUACCACCAACGUUGGCACGGGCGCCCAUCAAAGCCGACACGGCCGGCAGGGGGGUGUAGGAAAUUUCCAACUCACUAUUGCGCAACCUGUCGACGUCGAUGUUUCCACUCUCGAUUUACGAAGGAGCCGACUGAUCUGGGUGCUCGUCGUCCCCGCGGGCGUGGAGAGAGGCUCGAAAGAGAUGUACGUGGAGAGAGGGGAAGGGAAGUGGAGUAAUGGGGAGGUGGGGACGGUAGAAAACGGCGUUUAUCAAAUGAUGCCCAAUACACCUAUGAUGUCCAAUCAUGGAUUGUUGAGAUUUGCCGUUUUGUUGUUGGCCAAUCCUUUUCAGUCGGUUUUGUUGGUGGAUGUUGUUGUUUCAAGACGGCUAACCUCGUCUUUGUUGCUUCUGUUGCCGCUUCUACUGCUACUCCUACAGCAACUCCUAAUUCUGUCGGCACUUACUACCUACUUACUAUUCCUUUUACUACCUAUUACUUACUUGCGACAACAACUACUGUUAAGAUACCCUCAGGAUUCUUGGUCUCCUCUCGACUCGGGUGCCGACUUGAUUGGACUAAUGUGGUCAGGAUCCGAGAUUACGAAGCAGUUUCGUUCACGCGUAUCCCGCUACGAGGCCUAUAGAGACACAGACAGACAACUGCACAUGAUAGUUACACACAUCUCGAUACGCAGGGAACUGGACAAGAGACUCCUUUUCAUACGUACGUGGGCCAAUGCCAUCCUCUAUGAUUUCCGGUCUCCUCCGAAGUUGAGUUUUGUAUCUUGAGAUCGAGAAAAUCAUCCGCUACCACCCACAGGCGUUGCUUUUGCGUCCCGUCUUAUUAUACAUCCCCCCUUACACAGCCCUGGGUGAGAUGCGUGGGCUUAGGGGAUGGGCGGUGUCCACGUUGAAGCAUCAUACGACGGCCGCUUACGGCGCCCCUAGCUAGGACUUCUCUUCUGCGUGGAGUGGACUGAUGCGGAUUGUCUCCUCGCGGUUUGUUUGCUUGAUAGAGACCUGUUACCGGAUGGCCGUCAACUUUGGGUACCACGGUCUAUUUAUAUAUA